AUGUCUUUCUUUCUUUCUUUCUCUCUCUCUCUCUCUCUCUCUCUCUUUAUUUUUUUCUGUAGGGGGCAUCACACACCCAACUUUCACAUUUAUGAUGAUGAUGAUGAUGAUGAUGAUGAUAUCCACACCAGUUACGGUACUAGGGCUGCUGAUACCCGGGGCAAGCUGAAAUUCGGACCCGUUUCAAGUAUAGUUUAUGAUGAUGAUGAUGAUGAUCUUGAUAUCCACAAAAGUUACAGUACUAGGGCUGCUGAUACCCGGGGCAAGCUGAACUUCGGUCCCGUUUCAAGUAUAGUUUAUGAUGAUCAUGAUCAUGAUGAUAUCCACACCAGUUACGGUACUAGGGCUGCUGAUACCCGGGGCAAGCUGAACUUCGGUCCCGUUUCAAGUAUAGUUUAUGAUGAUGAUGAUGAUGAUGAUGAUCUUGAUAUCCACGCCAGUUACGGUACUAGGGCUGCUGAUACCCGGGGCAAGCUGAACUUCGGUCCGUAUAGUUUUGAUGAUGAUGAUGAUGAUGAUGAUAUCCACACCAGUUACGGUACUAGGGCUGCUGAUACCCGGGGCAAGCUGAACUUCGGUCCCGUUUCAAGUAUAGUUUAUGAUGAUGAUGAUGAUGAUGAUGAUAUCCACACCAGUUACGGUACUAGGGCUGCUGAUACCCGGGGCAAGCUGAACUUCGGUCCCGUUUCAAGUAUAGUUUAUGAUGAUGAUGAUGAUGAUGAUGAUGAUAUCCACACCAGUUACGGUACUAGGGCUGCUGAUACCCGGGGCAAGCUGAACUUCGGUCCCGUUUCAACUAUAGUUUAUGAUGAUGAUGAUGAUGAUCUUCCUAUCCACACCAGUUACGGUACUAGGGCUGCUGAUACCCGGGGCAAGCUGAACUUCGGUCCUGUUUCAAGUAUAGUUUAUGAUGAUGAUGAUGAUGAUCUUCCUAUCCACACCAGUUACGGUACUAGGGCUGCUGAUACCCGGGGCAAGCUGAACUUCGGUCCCGUUUCAAGUAUAGUUUAUGAUGAUGAUGAUGAUGAUGAUGAUAUCCACACCAGUUACGGUACUAGGGCUGCUGAUACCCGGGGCAAGCUGAACUUCGGUCCCGUUUCAAGUAUAGUUUAUGAUGAUGAUGAUGAUGAUCUUCCUAUCCACACCAGUUACGGUACUAGGGCUGCUGAUACCCGGGGCAAGCUGAACUUCGGUCCCGUUUCAAGUAUAGUUUAUGAUGAUGAUGAUGAUGAUCUUCCUAUCCACACCAGUUACGGUACUAGGGCUGCUGAUACCCGGGGCAAGCUGAACUUCGGUCCCGUUUCAAGUAUAGUUUAUGAUGAUGAUGAUGAUGGUGAUAUCCACACCAGUUACGGUACUAGGGCUGCUGAUACCCGGGGCAAGCUGAACUUCGGUCCCUUACGGUACUACGCUGCUGAUACCCGGAGCAAGCUGAACUUCUGUCCCGUUUCAAGUAUAGUUUAUGAUGAUGAUGAUGAAGAUGAUGAUGAUAUCCACACCAGUUACGGUACUAGGGCAGCUGAUACCCGGGGCAAGCUGAACUUCGGUCCCGUUUCAAGUAUAGUUUAUGAUGAUGAUGAUGAUGAUGAUGAUGAUAUCCACACUAGUUACGGUACUAGGGCAGCUGAUACCCGGGGCAAGCUGAACUUCUGUCCCGUUUCAAGUAUAGUUUAUGAUGAUGAUGAUGAAGAUGAUGAUGAUAUCGACACUAGUUACGGUACUAGGGCUGCUGAUACCCGGGGCAAGCUGAACUUCGGUCCCGUUUCAAGUAUAGUUCAUGAUGAUGAUGAUGAUGAUCUUCCUAUCCACACCAGUUACGGUACUAGGGCUGCUGAUACCGGGCAAGCUGAACUUCGGUCCCGUUUCAAUUUUGAUGAUGAUGAUGAUGAUGAUGAUGAUGAUAUCCACACCAGUUACGGUACUAGGGCAGCUGAUACCCGGGGCAAGCUGAACUUCUGUCCCGUUUCAAGGGCUGAUACCCGGGGCAAGCUGAACUUCGGUCCCGUUUCAAGUAUAGUUCAUGAUGAUGAUGAUGAUGAUCUUCCUAUCCACACUACGCCAGUUACGGUACUAGGGCUGAUGAUCCAUGAUGGUAUGAUACCCCGGGGCAUGCUGAACUUCGGUCCCGUUUCAAGUAUAGUUUAUGAUGAUGAUGAUGAUGAUGAUAUCCACACCAGUUACGGUACUAGGGCUGCUGAUACCCGGGGCAAGCUGAACUUCGGUCCCGUUUCAAUUUAUGAUGAUGAUGAUGAAGAUGAUGAUGAUAUCCACACCAGUUACGGUACUAGGGCAGCUGAUACCCGGGGCAAGCUGAACUUCGGUCCCGUUUCAAGUAUAGUUUAUGAUGAUGAUGAUGAUGAUCUUCCUAUCCACACCAAUUACGGUACUAGGGCUGCUGAUACCCGGGGCAAGCUGAACUCGGUCCCGUUUCAAUAUAGUGAUGAUGAUGAUGAUGAUGAUGAUGAUGAUGAUGAUGAUAUCCCACUAGUUACGGUACUAGGGCUGAUGAUGCCGGGGCAAGCUGAACUUCUGUCCCGUUUCAAGGCUGCUGAUCGGGGCAAGCUGAACUUCGGUCCCGUUUCAAGUAUAGUUCAUGAUGAUGAUGAUGAUGAUCUUCCUAUCCACACCAGUUACGGUACUAGGGCUGCUGAUACCCGGGGCAAGCUGAACUUCGGUCCCGUUUCAAGUAUAGUUGAUGAUGAUGAUGAUGAUGAUCUUGAUAUCCACACCAGUUACGGUACUAGGGCUGCUGAUACCCGCGGCAAGCUGACCUUCGGUCCCGUUUCAAGUAUAGUUUAUGAUGAUGAUGAUGAUGAUCUUCCUAUCCACACCAAUUACGGUACUAGGGCUGCUGAUACCCGGGGGCAAGCUGAACUUCGGUCCCGUUUCAAUAUAGUUUAUGAUGAUGAUGAUGAAGAUGAUGAUGAUAUCCACACCAGUUACGGUACUAGGGCAGCUGAUACCCGGGGCAAGCUGAACUUCGGUCCCGUUUCAAGUAUAGUUUAUGAUGAUGAUGAUGAUGAUCUUCCUAUCCACACCAAUUACGGUAUUAGGGCUGCUGAUACCCGGGGCAAGCUGAACUUCGGUCCCGUUUCAAGUAUAGUUUAUGAUGAUGAUGAUGAUGGUGAUAUCCACACCAGUUACGGUACUAGGGCUGCUGAUACCCGGGGCAAGCUGAACUUCGGUCCCGUUUCAAGUAUAGUUUAUGAUGAUGAUGAUGAUCUUCCUAUCCACACCAAUUACGGUACUAGGGCUGCUGAUACCCGGGGCAAGCUGAACUUCGGUCCCGUUUCAAGUAUAGUUUAUGAUGAUGAUGAUGAUGGUGAUAUCCACACCAGUUACGGUACUAGGGCUGCUGAUACCCGGGGCAAGCUGAACUUCGGUCCCGUUUCAAGUAUAGUUUAUGAUGAUGAUGAUGAAGAUGAUGAUGAUAUCCACACCAGUUACGGUACUAGGGCAGCUGAUACCCGGGGCAAGCUGAACUUCUGUCCCGUUUCAAGUAUAGUUUAUGAUGAUGAUGAUGAAGAUGAUGAUGAUAUCCACACUAGUUACGGUACUAGGGCUGCUGAUACCCGGGGCAAGCUGAACUUCGGUCCCGUUUCAAGUAUAGUUCAUGAUGAUGAUGAUGAUGAUCUUCCUAUCCACACCAGUUACGUUUAUGAUGAUGAUGAUGAUGAUCUUCCUAUCCACACCAAUUACGGUACUAGGGCUGCUGAUACCCGGGGCAAGCUGAACUUCGGUCCCGUUUCAAGUAUAGUUUAUGAUGAUGAUGAUGAUGGUGAUAUCCACACCAGUUACGGUACUAGGGCUGCUGAUACCCGGGGCAAGCUGAACUUCGGUCCCGUUUCAAGUAUAGUUUAUGAUGAUGAUGAUGAAGAUGAUGGUGAUAUCCACACCAGUUACGGUACUAGGGCAGCUGAUACCCGGGGCAAGCUGAACUUCGGUCCCGUUUCAAUUUAUGAUGAUGAUGAUGAUGGUGAUAUCCACACCAGUUACGGUACUAGGGCUGCUGAUACCCGGGGCAAGCUGAACUUCGGUCCCGUUUCAAGUAUAGUUUAUGAUGAUGAUGAUGAUCUUCCUAUCCACACCAAUUACGGUACUAGGGCUGCUGAUACCCGGGGCAAGCUGAACUUCGGUCCCGUUUCAAGUAUAGUUUAUGAUGAUGAUGAUGAUGGUGAUAUCCACACCAGUUACGGUACUAGGGCUGCUGAUACCCGGGGCAAGCUGAACUUCGGUCCCGUUUCAAGUAUAGUUUAUGAUGAUGAUGAUGAAGAUGAUGAUGAUAUCCACACCAGUUACGGUACUAGGGCAGCUGAUACCCGGGGCAAGCUGAACUUCGGUCCCGUUUCAAGUAUAGUUUAUGAUGAUGAUGAUGAUGAUCUUCCUAUCUACACCAAUUACGGUACUAGGGCUGCUGAUACCCGGGGCAAGCUGAACUUCGGUCCCGUUUCAAGUAUAGUUUAUGAUGAUGAUGAUGAUGGUGAUAUCCACACCAGUUACGGUACUAGGGCUGCUGAUACCCGGGGCAAGCUGAACUUCGGUCCCGUUUCAAGUAUAGUUUAUGAUGAUGAUGAUAUCCACACCAGUUACGGUACUAGGGCUGCUGAUACCCGGGCCAAGCUGAAUUCGUUCCCGUUUCAAUUAUAG